AUGGGGGCCAAAGGUCCACCCUUUCGCCAAAAGCACCUCCCCCUCGAAGGUUAUGAAGUUCACCGGAAGCAUAAGCAGCUCCGCGAUGACGGGUGCUUCGAGCGAUUGCCGUACGCCUCGCUUAUGGCCACCAUUUUGUGCCUUGUCGGCAUCGUCCUCUUCACGAUCAUGAUGAAAUGGGGCUUCGCAGCCCUUUUCGAGCAGCUCCAACGAGUACUGAAGGCGGACAAGUGGAAUUGGCUCGAUAAGGUUCAAAUUUUCUUCGUCAUCACCGCCGUCGUUAUGGGCAUCUGCACGUUCUUUUUCGCCGUCGCUGGAUUUUUCUCAACGGGCGGGACGCGUGAUGUUUUGUUCAGGGAUCCAAAAUCGCGGCGCGGCGGUAGAUGCACAUGUGUUUUCAUCAUCAUUCUCUGCUAUGUUCUAUUGGCAUUUUGGCUCACGGCACUUGCCUUCACAUCGGCUAUCGUCGCUUCUUAUCACGUAUUUGAAAGCCUUUGUUACUCGAUGCACGAAUACACGGAAAUGGAAUGCCUUGACUUUUCCGUCUACCGCCCACUUUUCGAAUCGUUCAGCCACGCUUCCCUAAAAUUCUGUGCGGGCGAUGUGCAGCAAUUUUGUGCGCUGUCGCAGACGGCCUAUGCUUGGUUUUGGGUUGGCUGGGCCGGCGCGGUGCUGAUAAUUUACGGGCUGGUGCAAUUUAUUGCCGCGCACUCGGCCAACUACUCGCAUAUUGGGAAUGCUUGGAAAUACGUGGAGCUUCAUGAAUGUCUUUCCGAAGCCGUUCCUCCGCCACUCCCUGCUUCACUUCCACCCCCGCCGCCAAUGUAUUCGAAUGGAUCUUCGACGACGAGAUCCCGGGAUAAAUACGAGCGAUAUCCUGAAGAGCCAAGGAGCUCAAGGAGAGCACAAAAGAACCCCGCAGCGGAUCGAGACAGAUACACCUCCCACAUGUCCGCUUCUUCCACCCAAAUGGCCGUCAACCACUCCGACUCGGUCAGCCAGGCUCACUGCAUGCCGAAGGGUGUCGAAGCGCAAACGCCCGAUAUCGCCUCGCCGACCACCGUACAACACGACGUGUCGGCUAUCACCAACAACCUCAACGCCGUUGUCCAGCUACUCGGAUCAACAGCAUCCCCAUCAGAUUGCACGCUCGGCGACUCCCUGGAGCGUGCCGCCGUCUUUUGCGCCGAGCUUCACACGUUGAGCAAGCUUGUGUCUACCGACUUGAAAGCUUGUCGCACCGCUAAGGAAUCCAUCGAUAAAAGCGCCGACUCCGUUGAGCAACUCUUUGACAAAAUCGAUCGUGUGGUUGAAUUCGUCAACCUCGUAAUUCUUUGCCUGCUUUUUAAAAUAAUUUGUGCAGCCACUUGGAACGCGCCCAGCAAGAUGCCAAACCGUAAGCAGGACGUCGUCGACAUUGACCUGGCGUCUUCUGAUGACGAGGCUCCGGCCGAGAUUACGUCCAAGGGACCGGACAUUACGCUUGCCGAGGACAAAAAGGAGGAGCUGUCGCUCUACGAGCAGGUGCAACUACGCAAGAACAAGGAAAAGUCAAAACGCGAGAAGCGCCAACGAGAGAAUGAUCGUCGUGUCAAGAAAGUGGAUGCUGAAGAAUACGAGAUACGUAUGAAGAAAGCCUCGUUCAAGGUGGUGACCAACAAGAAGGGCGUCGACAACAUUCUGCGCAAACAGCCCAAUUUUCGUGCCGAGCUGCUGGCGGCCAGGACGCAGAGCCAGCGUAGAAGUGUGACUACGGCCCGUUCGAUUGCCUCGGCAGCCAAGAAGCCUCGGAAG